CAUGAACGAGCUAAUGAACUGGGAAGUUCGCUAAAUUUCCCUUCACCAGUGCCACCUGCUUGGACCUGGGCGUAGGGAUUGGCGCUUAUCGCUUGGUGCACUUUUGAAAGAUAGCACAAUUCAUACGUAAGCUAUAGGGCUUCGCGUCGCCCCCGCCGACAAACUGAGCCUGCGCACACAAGUACACAAGCGAUAUGGACAAGAAAGACAAGAAGGCUCGCGUGGAUACGGAUAAUAAAGAUAAGAAAGAUAAGAAGCACAAGAAGGCUCGCGUGGAGGGAGCGACGGAUGUGGGCGGGGCUGCGGGGGAGGCUUCGGACCCCUCUGUCGAGACCACCGGUCGCAAGUGGACCCUCAGCGUGGGGCUCCCGGGCACCCUGCUGGAUGCACCGUCCUCUGUAGAGUUUGCGGUAGCUACCGCUGGUCAGAUUCACAGGGCAGCAGCAAACUUCCAGGUGGAUGAGGUGGUGGUUUAUGACGACUCGCUGGCGGCGACCACCUUCCAGCCCGGCCAGCCGCUGUCCGCGGCCAGUGUGACGCCCGGCACUGCGCUGCUGGCGCGUAUACUUCAGUACCUGGACACGCCGCCCCACCUGCGGCCGAACAUGUACCCAGAGGAGGUGUUGCAACAGCAUCCGGAGCUACGGUUGGCGGCAUCGCUUCCGGUGCUGUCGCCGCCGCACCACGCGCGGCCGAGCGCCGUGUGGAUGCCGUACCGCGAGGGCGUGGUGCUCAAGGCGGAGGCGGGCACGGGCAGCUAUGUGGACGUGGGGCUGGACCGCAUGGUGUACCUGGAGCACAGCCUGCAGCAGGGGGCACGUGUGACGGUGCACCUGGGCGACAUGGAGCCGGUCACACGCUUCUUCGCGGCCUACUCGGAGACCAUGAUCGUAGGCACGGUGGUGCCGCCCUCGGAGCCCCGUGAGCGGCUGGGGUUGUACUGGGGCUACACCGUGCGCAUUGCACUGGGCCUACAGCGCGUGUUCAAGGACGCUGCCGUGAGCAAGACCGGCAGCUACGACCUGACUAUCGGCAGCAGCCCAGCCGGCGCCGACACGGACCCGGGGUCGCUCGUGAUGCCGCGCUUCAAACACGCGCUAAUGGUCUUUGGCGGCGGCAGCCCGGUGGCCGCGGCAGCGGCGGUGGCGGAGGGCGGCGCCAAGGCCAAGCCCAAGGCGGUGCCGGGCCAGGCGGUGCCGCAGCAGGACCUGGACCAGAUGGUCAACCGGGUGCCGGACUGGGAGCACAAGACGCCGCAGGACGUGUUCAACCUGUACCUCAACACCACGCCACACCUUGGCACACUGCGCAUUCGCACCGAGGACGCCAUCCCGGUGGCGCUAUCCUACCUCAUCAUGCCGCUACUCAAGUACGGAAAGCAGUAGCACUUCACGGCCCUGGUCCGCAAUCGUAGCAGGAGGCUGCCUGCGUCCACCCUGAAAAAGGGGGUGACACCUAAUAUGCCUCAUAGUCAUGACGUGUGUGAUACGAGCGAGCGCUAUUCUGGUGAAACGGUGAUUUGAUGGGAUGGAGCAGGCACGCGACGCUUGACGAGGGGGUUUGAUGGGCCUAUCAGGAGGGGCUGAUUUGGGGUGGUGUGCUUGCUAGGCUGUGAUUGUGCGGCAGCGAGGGCAGAGGUAGGCGGUGCAACGAAGCCAUGGUGACGGCUGUAUUUGGUCAGGACUCAGGGCGCAGGGUUGGAGGAAAAAGAGGAGUCGCCGAUCUGGGGGCAACUGGGGGUAUGGCGUGGGCGGGGUGUCAAACCAUACUGUCCCAUGCGUUUCCACAACCUGCACAAAAUCACAAAACAC